AUGUUUGACGCGCUGGCACAAGAUCUGAUGCCUGUGUGCGACUUCAGCAAAUGGUCAUGCUACUUUUCUGACAGCGGAUUCGCUGGUGGUAGUUUUAUGGUUGGGCCAUUGCCGGUUCCAUCCAUGAACUUCAAAGUUCAACGUAGCAAUUCUGCUGAACACUUGGAAGGCGGAUCUUCUGACCUUAAUUUAAUCGAGAAGGAAGAAGAUAUUGGAAUGUGGCCGCAGAUCUGGAGCCUUAUAGCACGAAACGUGAUGCCACGAAUGAGGGAGAUCAGCAAGAAGGAUCAGCAGACCUUCAAGAAGUUGUACUUUAUGGAUGUGAUCCGUCACAUACCAUCUAUCAUCCAUCAUAUUCCAAAUUUAUGUCAGACUAUGAAGAGAGACGUCGUCAAGAAGCAGCGGAUAUAG